CAAAAAUAUGUUAAAAAACAUUCUUUCAUUCAUUACACUUUUCCCAUUAAUAUCAUCAGAUAAAUAUUCAAAAGACACUAAUGUUAUUCGUUUAAAUUGGACAAACUUCGACGAAUUAGUUCUAAAAAGCAAUAAUUAUUGGUUAAUAAAAUGCCACGAAGGAGGAAAUUUAAAUACAUUCGUUAACGAAUUUGAAAAAGUUGGAGUUGCUUUAAAAGGAUUAAUAAAAGUCGGUGAGAUUUUUGUGCGAACAAACCAAGAUUUACUUCGUAAAUUUAACAUUUUUCAUCACGAACGUCCAGAUCCGAUCUUUUUAUUUUUCGAUGUUGAUAAAAAUAAAUACGAAAAAUAUUACAAAACGAAAUCGCCAAGAAAUUUAGUUAAUUUCGUUUUGGAAACGAUCCGAAAACGAGUUAAUCAAAUCGUUUUUGAUGAAAAACCUGAAGAAAAAUCUAUCGAUUUAACCGGAGAUGAAUAUUUUAAGGUUUUACAGACAUCGGAACCGUGGAUAAUUGCUUUAUUAUUUCCACACGAAGAAGAAUCGAUGUCUUUAUUUGACUGGUGGGAUCAAAUGGCGGUUAAUUUAAAAGGAAGGGUAAAAGUAGGACAUUACGAUUUAACUAUUGAUUAUAAAAAAGAUCGAUUUAUUCAUCGUAUGUAUCGGUUAAAUGAUAAAUUAGAAAUUAUUUGUUUUCCAAAAGGUUCUAAAAACGAGAAAAACGUUCAAUUUUUUCAUGGGGAUUUAAAUUAUGAAAAUGUUUAUAAUUGGGCUUUAGAUUUAAUUGAAGGAACUCACGAAAUCGAACAUUUAUCAAGUGAAUUUAAAUUUAAGGAACUAUGCCUGAUGAAAAUUUGUGUUGUCUUUUUUUUGGAAAAUUUAGAAAAGUGCCCAAUUUUAUGCCGACACAAUAAAUUUAAAAUGUUAUCUGAUAUCGCAAAAAAAAUCGAAUCUUACAAUUGGAAUUUUUUAUGGGUUGAGAGUAAUGAGCAAAAAAAUCUCGAAGAAGUUUUCAAUAUUAAAAAAGAUGAUUAUCCCUUAAUUUUAGUAAUCAACAGCUUCAAACAAACUUUUAUUAGUUUUAAGGGUAGUUUCCUUUAUGACGAAAUCAAAGAGUUUUUUGAACAAGUUUUUAAUCACAAUUCAAUUGUUUCCACAUUUAAAUCUGCGUUAUCUAUUAAAAAUGUCCCGAAAUUGUUUCCUUUUGAGCACAAUGAAUUAUGAUCUUGCUAUGGUUACAAAUAA